AUGUCGGAACUACCGUCUUCCCCACCUUCUGAUCCAGCAGAUGCGAUCGCAUAUUAUAAACUUCAAUAUGAGCAACUGGAGACAGAGUUGACGGAAUUUCAGGCGAGUUCGCAAGAGUUGGAAACAGAAUUAGAGAAGGAUGUAGAGGCUGCAGAGAGGAGGGAAAGGUUGUUGCAGGAGAAGGUGGAAAGUCUGGGAUUUGAGGUGGAAGAAUGGAAGACGAAAUACAAGCAGUCCAAGAACGAAGCAAAUGCCGCGCAAAAUACACUACAGAAGGAGAUCACUUCUUUACGAGAUGUGAAUCGGACAAUGCAGCUACAACUACGCGAUAUUGAGGUUCAACAUGACGAUAUCGAAAGGCAGGCGCGAAAUACAUUUUCGUCUUUGGAGGAUAUGGAAUCAAAAUUCAACAUGUCUAUAGAACGAGGGGUAAUGAUGGAGGAGGAGAUCAAGAUCGGUGAAAAGGAAAGGGAACAAUUGAGGAUCGAAACCCAACGAUUGCGGGAUGAGUUUUCAGAUCUAAAGGUGGAGGCAGAAAUCAUGCAAGAGAAGCUACGGAAACGACAAUUUCCAUCCAUCACAACGGAUUACACUGCACCAAAUACCCCUUCAUUUGGACCUUUUGCGACAUCUCCCAGAUCCACAACUUCUUCUCCACUCAUCAAUACUCCACCAGAUACCAAAUCUGUAUCUACGACAGAUACCGUUUCCGAAACUCCUACCCCUCCAUCCCCACCAAUGUCAGAAGCUUCUGCAACUGCACGAACGGGACUGAACAUUCCGAUGAAUAUACCUCAUAACAAACUUAAAUUACCAGUGGGAAAUUCAAGCAUGACACCACAACCAGCCCUAUCUCGUUACACAUCUGGAACAGUGCGUAACUCCCGAGCACCGACACCGAAUGGCAAUUCGAUAAUGAGGACCGCGACGCCAGCGGUAAUUCGCCAGACAAGACAACAAGCACCACCUACACGGGGUUUGCCAAACUCUACAUCUCUUACGCAUAUUCGAAGUCUUACGGCACAAAUGCAAAGAUUGGAACAAAGAGUCCAGUCCGCAAGAUCGAAACUACCGGCACCGGUAACUACUCCACCUCAUACUACCUCAAGAACAAUAUCAGCUAUGGGUAGUAAUUAUGUGCCACCGAGUGUUACACUGCGAAAUAGGCAAAGAACGACAGGAAGUACGGCGAGCGCAAGCACUACAUCGUCUAUGACUGGAGAAGAAACCUUAACAAGAUAUCCUCCUCGAGUAUCGGCCUCGGGCAUCAGCAGGCUUUCUUUUGCGCCUGUUGCAAAUAGAGAUGGAAAUGAUAGCAGUCAACACAGUAGUAGACCCCCUAGUAGACCAGGUAGUCGUGCCAGCGGUUCGAUCUAUGAUCGACCGCCAAGUCGACCAAUUGCCAAUCGCCCGAGCGCCAACACGCCAAUAGGACAUUACUCACAGGCGCAACUCGCGGAUGCGAGGAGAGCCAGAAGUAGCAUGGGCGGAAAUUUUGCGGAUAGACAUGGGGAGGGUCGACCUCAUGCACACUCGCAGAGUGUAUCAUAUGUUGGCUAUGGUGUUGAUGAGAAUCGGGAAUCUGACUAUUCGACGCCAAAUCGAAGAGGAACAUUAAGUGGCUUCGAGAGCACGGUUGACCCGUCACUAUCUGUCCUUCCCCGAAGGAAAAGCGGAGGACAAUCAUUAUCGAUGUCGGGUCUGCCCAUGCCUAGAAGAACAAGCACGAGCCAUGGAUUCCGGGAAGAGGACGAAAGGAUUCUUGAUCCUAGACCACCGUCGGGACUGAACAGAACUCCGACGGUACCAACAGGGAGGCCGAGGAAGUUGAGUGGUGUAGGGGAAUGUUAUUAG